AUGUUGAUCUACCUCUUUCAAACUACCAAGGCGGCCCAGAGGCUGAACCUGUCCUCCAAGAAGCGACGCCGUCAGCACCACCAUCCGGAUUCCGAGCCACCUCCCUUCCUGACGAAUUUUUCUGAAAUCCUCCGAGUGUCGCCACCCCCCGUGCCGCCAUCCCUUCUGAGAUCGGUCGGCAGGAAGGAGAACUUCUCCAUAGGAAAGGUGAAAGUAAUGCUUCGGAUCAAGAACGAUUCAACGGAAUUGAAUUCUUCUUUUCUAAAUGUGGACGGACGUAAGCGCCAAAUUACCGUCUACGAUUUGUCUUCGGGUAGUGGAACAUCUUCGCCCGCUGAAAGGCGAACCGGAGUCUCUGCUCCUAAAAUGUUUGCAUUUGAUGCUAUUUUUUCUCCAGACGACACUCAGGCAGAAGUAUGUUCCAGUUCUUUGCCUGAUGUUAUUCAAGCUGUUGUUGGUGGAACGGAUGGAUGUUUAUUUGUGUACGGCCAGUCCAAAUUGGGAAAAACGCAUACGAUGGUAGGCAGCAGCGACUCCGUUCAGGAGCUGGGCGUCAUGCCGUGCGCCAUUUCUUGGCUCUUCCGUUUAAUCUACGAACAAAGACAGAAAACUGGAGCACGUUUUUCGGUGAGAGCCUCGGCCCUGGAGCUUUCGGGAAGGAACGAGGUACUGAGAGACCUUCUCUCCGAGUACGCUGCAGGAACUGAAGGUAGUGGAACAUCACCAGGCGUUUACCUUCGAGACGAUCCUAUAUUCGGUGCUCAACUUAUCAACCAAAGUGAAUUAAGAGCCCCAACAGCAGAGAAAGCUGCUUACUUAUUAGAUGCAGCAUUGGCCGCAAGAAGUCGUGAUGGCGAGGAAGAAGGACGGAACUCCCACUUUCUCUUCACUCUUCACUUGUACCAGUACAGGGUGGAAAGGGGUGGAAAAGGCGGAGUCGCUGGUGGUAGAAGUCGACUGCACCUUUUCGACUUGGGAAGCUGUGACAAAAUUUCCACAAAGCCGCGAGAUGGUGGUUGCCUGUCGUUGUCUGCGCUAGGAAAUGUCAUCUUGGCCCUCUUCAAUGGACAGAAACAUGUGCCUUAUAAAGAAAGUAAGCUGACGCAGUUGCUAAAAGAAGCAAUGAGCAGUCUGACAUGUCGAGUGGCCAUGAUAGCUCAUAUCUCAUCCCAGGCCAGCCACUACUCCGAGAUAUUGGGAACCAUCCAGCUCGCUUCACGGGUCCACAGAAUGCGGAGAAAGAAAAUAAAAUAUCCGAAUGUGUCUGCAGAUGGUACCGAUGAGAAAGGAGUUUGUGUCCGUCCCUACGUCCGCAUGCAUGCAGAGGACAAUGUAAAAUCCGGGAGCAGUGAUCCCGAUUAUACAUCCAGUAGUGAACAGUCAUGUGAUACAGUAAUUUAUGUGGGACAUCUUACACACAACGAGAGGGAUUUCACAGACAAUGAAGGACCACCAGCAUCUUUGCCUAUAGUUCCUAAGACAAAACAGUCCCAGUCACAAAAUAAAACUUCGCACGGUGUGGACACUACGCCGUCGUUAGAAAGAAAAAGACAUAAUUCUAUCAGCAAAACGCAGUCUUGUAAUGACGACCAACGCAGGACUGAAGAAAAAUCAUCCAUCCAUUCCCAUAUCUCAGCAACAGAUGCAGGAACACAUCAAUCAAGUCCAGCCAAAACUAGCAAAUCAGAUAAAAUGCAGUUGGGAUCCAAAGGUUCACCGUUGAUGCAGCGACAUCAGCCUGCGAGUACUCAAACAUUGGGCACAGACAAUACUGGUCAUGUAAAUAAAUCUGCUCAAAACAGUCCAAUGCAUACUCAGAAAAAGACUAAACACAGGACAUCACAAGCAAAGCAAGAUCAAGGAACAGAUGCUGAGCCUUCAGCAAGUAAAGACAAAUCGUCAAAAACGCUAAAGAAACAGAGUGAUGAGACUUGGAUUGAUGGUCCAAGAUUCACUAAGCCUAAAUUUGAUUCUAAAACUUUACAUCAGUUACAGAAAGAACAAUGGGUCGAUGGCCCACCAAACAUAUAUGGUUUCAUGGAUCAUCACAAACAAGAUAUGAUACAGCGGUGGAUAGAAGAACAUUCAAAGCAAGUGCAUGGUACAGGAAAAAAGAAAAAUAAUGAAAUUUGGAUAGAUUAUCCAAAAGGAAGUAACGAAAGAGGCAAUUCCUCAAGUGAAGUUCUAACAGCAGAGCAAUGUAACGUCACAGAGAGCAAAGAGGAAAAACUUUCAGCUAAAGAUAAAAAGCAAACUAAUUUUGGAAGCUCUACGAAAAAUGAAGAUUUGAAACAUGAUCCUCCUUCAACCGACUGUCCUACAUUUCUGCAAGAGUCUGAAGAAAUCGAUGAUGAAGCUGAUAGCGCUAGCAAUUCAGCCGACGUCGAUGAAACAGACAACGAAGAAAAUGCAGAGGCAAGUGGAUAUGAUUCCGAUUUUCAUAUUUUUCAAAUUAGGCAGAAUGAACUUCACUGCCAAGGCCUCCAAACCUCGUUCGCAACAAAUAAACAGAAUUACAGCAAUGAUUAUAUUGAAACAAUUGAAGUCACUGAACCAGAUGAACCAGUACCAAUGGUCGACUCGUGUCUCCAGGUAACAGAGGAAGACAUAAUUGCAGAAUACUGGUUGCAGAAUAGGCGCAGAUCGUCAGAAAAUCCCUUACCGGAAGUCGAUCAAAGUAGCUGUGACAGUAAGGAACAUCCUUUAAGGAUACUAAGUGAAGAAGAUUUAAAUCUUCCUUCUUCAUUUACUGAUUCUCGUUCUGUCAGCGUAGAUCUCGAUAGUAUUAGUGUUCCAGAUAUGUGUCGUGAAAGUGCUAGAGGAAAAGGAGCUAUUACUUGGCGCCUUCUGUACGGUAAUAUGUUCCAAAGAAUUAAAGAACAGCAAAAGCAAAGGCGAACGACAGAAGAUAUAAAUUCUGCGGCUAAUAGUGAAAUAAAUGAAAAACUUGAACGAAUUGCUAAAUUACGUGAGCUUAUACAACCCCUCACAAGGCACAGAAAUCAAACCCAGGUAGAAUCUAUAUUUAAGACUUGUCCUAUAAGUCGACUUCCAUCAGCUGGUUCACGAUAUACGAUGUCGGAAAUGCUGUGCGGGAGUCGAGAUUCAAGUAUGGAAGACUUGUCUGCUGCAGAAGUAAAUAGCACUCAGAGCGAGCCAGCAGAUCUUGAUGCCGAUAAAUAUGAUUAUAAACUAAAUAUAAAGCCGAUGAAUGGUUUAAAACUAGAGGCUUUCUAUAAGAAAAUACAAAAGGUCCCACCAUUUUUAGAGCAAUACUCGGUUUUAAAACCAACUCAAGUCGUGCCUCCUUUAUCUUAUGAACAAGAAAAUUCAUAUUUGUUAAACCGAACGGAAACUCAAAGAGCAGGAACUCUUCCACAUUCCCGUAGCAAUUGCAAACAGUUCUCAGGUAACCUUCAGAAAAAUUUAUCAGAAGAAUUUGGAUUUGAAGAAAGCGAUGUAAAACUUACAGGGUCAAUAAAGCAAACGAGCUCAACAUCGCACAUACAUAAACAAUCAUCAAACAGUAACUUGCAAAUGGAAUCUGCUAAAUUCAGUUCAUCCGAAAAUACAAUAUCAAAUCAAAAAGCUAGUAUUGAAAUUUCCUCAGAUCUUGAAAGAAAGGUAUCAGAGAAAAAAGAAUCUAAAAACUAUACAGCUGAGGUAACAGACUCGGUGAAGCGCAGUGACUCAAAAACUAGUUCAAGAAAUCUUAACAAAAAUGUAGACGUCAGUCAAUUAACAGUUGGCCAUUCACCAAGUAGUUCCUCUAAAUCCAGAAUGCAUAGAAAUAAAGCAAAAAUCGGCGAUAUUCAAACAGUGCAUUCUCAACACUCAAUAACGCAAUCGUCAUCAUCUUCGUUAUGGAGUAAGGAUUCAUCAUCUUCUUCUGCUUCGAAAAUGGGCCAUCGUACUGUUGCACACACUAACAGCAACGGUCGAGGCCCAUCCAACAAGUGUCUCAUAAAUAAUGGAAAUGUUUCAGGGAUAAAUGGCAAAACCUCAAGGACAAUUAGCAACAGUGCUUGUAAGCUACCAGCCAGAUCAAGUCCAACUAGCAGUAGUACGUCUGGAGUGACAACAAUGUGCUGUUCGACGGUAAAGCAAAAAGAGAAACAAAUAUCUUCAAAAAAUAAAACUGUGUCCAGUCAUUCAAAGCAAAAACAAUCGUCACAGGAAAGUAGAAAAUCACAACGAAGCAAAAGUAUCUGUAGAAGCACGAGUUCUCCAAGUACUUGCGUCGAUAGUGGGGAUACUGUCUUUACAGAUUUCACUGACAGUGAACAUUAUAAUGUCGCCCGCCACGCGAGUGUAUCGGGAGCCCUCGCGUCACCCUAUCAUAAGAUACCACAAGUGCAUGUGAGCCAUCACCAUCAUCACCACCACCAAAGGACGAGCAGUGGGCAUGGUAGCGAGAGCAGUGUAAACAGCAUAGAACCUAGAGAAGCGAAGGAACUACUUUUGAAAGGGACAAAAACACAACAGUUCUCAGGAACUAGCAGCGGUUAUGAAAGCAUGCUCAGAGACAGUGAAGGAACACCUUUAUCUUCUAGCCAAGAAUCAGGCAAUGAAGAUAAUAUGGGAAAAGGAGAAAGAGGUCGCAAAGGGAGAAGAAAAUCUCAAGGUUCCAGCAAAAGAAGCUUAUCAGCUCCAGCCAGAAGCCCACCAUCACCUUUAGGUCCUUCCGCUCCAACUACCAUAAAUCAACAACCACUGACCAAUAAUAGAUCCUGCAGAAGAGGAGACAGAUCUCUACACAGAUCUGAUGAAGAAGUCUGCUGCACAAGCCUGCUCUGUUGCCGUCUUUUAGACUUUUAUUAGAUACAACAGCCACAACUACUUAAUUCACCAACAGUGCCAAUUAUACAAAUUUCCGCUCCAAGAAUACAGUUAUCUACUUUUGACUUGAACAUGUAACAGAGCUACAACAGAAGAAAACUUAAAUAAAAUAUAGAGAUUCAGAGAAGACUGUAUGUAGAUUGAAAGAGUCCUUUUGUAACAAAAAUCGUUUUGAGUGAGAAAGCUCAAAGUUUGUUUAUUCAUUUGUAAUAAUAAUAAAUUAAAAUGUAUUUAAAA